GCACCUCCAGUGGCCAUCUGAGGAGUGGAAAGUGGAGGUGUCCCUGGAGGCAAUGUAAACACUGCAUUUUCUCUGAAAAGGCAAUGUUUGCAUGAAAAUUCCUGAAGGUUAUCCUAAACAUGAGUCCUUGCUGUGGCCUCAUCAUCUCGUGCUCCAGGAAGCCAGUCCCCUUAAAAAGCAUCUUGGUGGAUGUUCAGGUGAGAGGCUUUGUGGCCGAUGUAUCUGCGACUCUCAAAUAUAAGAAUUUGGAGGAGAAUGCAGUGGAAGCGGUCUUUGUGUUCCCCAUGGAUAAUGAUUCUGCUGUAUACAACUUUGAAAUGAUGGUGGAAGGGAAGAAGAUCAUAGCAGAAAUUCAAGAGAAGAAAGAGGCUCACAAAACGUAUGAUGAAGCCAUCAGCCAGGGCCAACAGGCAUUCCUACUGGAGGAAGACGAGAGCGCUGGUGAUGUCUUCAGCUGCAGCGUGGGGAACCUGCUCCCAGGCCAGGAAGCUGAUGUGACUCUGUGCUAUGUGAGAGAGCUGCCGGUGGAGGCUGACGGAGCUGUGCGCUUCGUCCUGCCGGCCGUACUGAACCCGCGAUAUACUCCAAAAGAUCAGGACCCAAGCGUCACUACUGAUAUUCCACGUGUGCCAAUUGGAAAGAUACCAUAUACACUGUCUUUGGAUGCACAUUUCACUUCCUCUUAUGGGAUCUCCAAGAUUGAGUCUAACUGUGAGAUCACACCUAUCCAAUACACCAACGAUGAUAAAACAUCUGCCAAGGUAUCUCUGGCUGAGGGAUACAAGUUUGAGCGAGACGUAGAACUUCUUACUUACUACGCUGAGGUGAACAAACCUAGUGUGACAUUAGAGGCGGGGCUUUCAGAAGCCGAAGCAGGUUCCUUGCUGGCAGAGCCAGUAGUCAUGUUGAAUUUUUACCCCACCUUUCCGGUGAUAUCGGAGCAGUCAAACUGUGGAGAGUUCAUCUUUGUGGUGGACAGGUCGGGAAGUAUGGAUUGCCCAAUGAAUUCAGAGGAAAAUUCACCAAUGCGGAUCCAGAGUGCAAAGGAGACUCUGAUCCUUCUGUUGAAGAGUUUACCACUGGGUUCAUAUUUCAAUAUCUAUGGUUUUGGGUCCAGUUUUGAGUCAUUCUUUCCGGAAAGCAUGGAGUACACACAGGUGUCGAUGGAUGAAGCUGUGAAAAAGGUUUCGGAGAUGGAGGCUGACUUGGGAGGAACUGAGAUUUUACAACCUCUACAGAAAAUCUAUAAAACAGCGGGCAGACCAGGGCAGCCACGCCAGCUCUUCGUCUUCACGGAUGGAGAAGUCGGGAACACAAAGCAAGUGAUAUCAGAGGUUCAAAAGAAUGCCGCCAAUCACCGGUGCUUUACAUUUGGGAUCGGUGAAGGAGCCUCCACGGCUCUGAUAAAAGGUAUGGCCCAAGCAGGUAAUGGUACGGCAGAAUUCAUCACCGGAAAAGAGAGAAUGCAGGGGAAGGUCCUUCAGGCCCUGAAACGUUCCUUACAGCCCACAGUGAAGGACAUCUCUCUGCAGUGGACCCUUCCUCCUGGCUUGGAGGCCACUCUGCUCUCCAGAACCCCCAAUGUCAUCUUCCAGGGUCAGAGAUGCAUUGUCUAUGCCCAAAUCACAGGAAAGGUGGAGGAUGCUUCAGAUGGGAAUGUUUGUCUUGAGUACAAAUUCAACGAAGAAACUUUCAAGAACACGUUACCAUUUUCUUUGAUCUUCUCAGACGUCAAGAGAUCAACCAUCCACCGACUUGCUGCCAAGACUUUGAUCUCCAAUCUGGAGAACGGAUUAGAAUCUGAUUCAGAUGAAGUGAAGAAGAGCAUCUUGGAGGCCAGCAUUCAGUCGGGUGUGAUCUCCACUCUCACAGCCUACGUGGCCGUCAAUAAAGAAACCAAGCAGCCUGUGGACUGUCCUCCUGUGCGUUCGUAUAUCCCAACUCCAUUUUUAAUGAGCGGGGGCUCCUAUCCAGCAGUGAGGAUGGCGGCUUGUGCUGCUCCAGGCCCAAAAAUGAUGGCUGAUGUUUAUUCAGGUUUAUCACGUGAGAGUUUUCCAUCUGCUCCUUUAAUAGAUGUCAACCAAGAAAAACUAGUGACUCCAAGUAAAGAAGUCAUUCCCCCAUUAAAGCCAGAGACCCCACCACUCUUCAGGCUGAUCUCUCUUCAGAAUGCCGACGGUUCCUGGAAUACCAGCUCAGAACUGGCUUCAGUUUUGGGAAUCUCAGAAAAGUUCAUGGAAACUUGCCCUCAAAAGAGUAUUGAUGCCUCAGUCUGGGCGACUGUUCUCGCUGUGAUCUGGCUUCAUGUUUCGUCCUCUGAGCAACGAGAUGAGUGGGAGCUCCUGGAGGGGAAGGCUCUGUCCUGGGUCAAAUCCAAAGCAGGUUCUUCUUUGGGCGAACUGGUGAAAGCUGGGAAUGAGUUGUUGAAGUCUUCAGUAGAGCCGAAGGUUUUUGGACUGUGAGCAUCGUUCGUAGAGAGGAGCUCCUCCUCCAGUAUAGAAAGAGGCUGGAAUUUUGCAGAAGUUCAGAAUGUUAUUAGUAAAGUUCAAAGUUCCUACCAU